GGCGGAAACUUUACGGUGUCGUACAGCAAUAAAUGACGUAACUUCCUCCUGUUAAUGAAACAAGCCAAGCUAGCUUGUUAGCUUUGAAAAUGAGUUUGUUUUUACCCAAAUUAAUGUCCAAAAAAGACAUAGAUGAAGUUAUCAAAGGAGUGGCAGAAAAAGUUGUUGUUUUAAGGUUUGGAAGAGACGAAGACUCAGUUUGUCUCCAGCUGGAUGAAAUUUUGUCAAAAACUGCGCACGACUUGAGUAACAUGGCGUCCAUCUACAUCGUUGAUGUGGACAAAGCUCCAAUUUACACGAGAUACUUUGACAUCAGUUACAUCCCAUCAACUGUUUUCUUUUUCAACGGACAGCACAUGAAAGUGGAUUAUGGUUCCCCAGAUCACACCAAGUUUGUUGGCAGCUUCAAAACCAAGCAAGACUUCAUGGAUCUAAUUGAGGUGAUUUAUAGAGGUGCCAUGCGGGGGAAAAUGAUUGUUCAAAGUCCCAUAGACCCUCAGAAUAUUCCCAAAUAUGAUCUCCUCUAUCACGGGAUUUAGAGUCAGCAUCUUCACCAGUGAGAACUUGCAACAGAAUCAUUGGAGCAUGGAGUGGACUAUUACUGACUGAUGAAUUUGCGAGAAAUAGCUUUGAUGUUCAGCCAGUGAACAGCUGACUGAAGAAGUUUUUAUGGUAAAGCUGAAGUAUAUGAAACUUUUGUUGAUCUGUUCAUUUUUGUUCAAAAAUUACAAUGUCCAUUUAUUUUUAUUACCAACUAAUAAGACUGUAGAGCAUUUUUCUUGCAAACUGCCUUUUUAAGUUUACAAGUUUUACUGUUAACAGCUACAUAAGGUAGCCAGUAGCAUUCAGAGAUUCAUUGUCUUCAGUUUUUUUAUAUAUAAUUUUUUUUAAUAAGAAUUGUCUUUUUAAAUACCCUCUUUAUAUAUAUGUGUGUGUGUGUGUGUGUGUGUGUGUGUGUGUGUGUGUGACACAUAUAAGACAAUAAAAACUAAUCAUUUUAUUGUGAGUGAUAUGAGCCAGUGAUUUCACACUAAUCAGUAAGUAGGCAAUUAAAUAAGUAAAUGAAUAAAAGUAAGAAAAAAGAAAAUACAUUAAUGUAAAGACAAUGAAUUUGUGAAUGCUACUGGCUAUUUUAUUUAUCUGUUAACAACUUGGAAAAAUAAAAAUAGCAGUUUUGCUAAUGUCUGUUGGGGAAAAAAUGUAUAUAGUUCCACAUAGCAAAUUAAGGUUUUUUUGACACCACCGGGUGUUGUUUCUGAGUGUUUUACAUUGUCACUGGGUUUUAUUACCUGAAAAGAAAGAUUUUAAGUAUUUUUGUUCUUUUGCAAAUACAUACUAUACAAUAAACUUAA